AUGGUGCGGGGAAAAUUCGACAUGAAACUCAUUAGCGAUGAGAAGACUCGUAUGAUAACCUACCAUAAGAGAAAGAAAGGUUUGAAAAAGAAGGUUUACGAGCUAUCCACUCUUUGUGACGUCGACACUUGCAUGAUCAUGUACGGGCCGGAACAGAAGAACCAUCCUAGAGAUUUUGCGACAUGGCCGGAAAGUCGAGAGAAACUCAGGCGGAUAAUCAACCGUUUCAAGGUUAAAGGGGCACAUCCGAAAGGAAGCCGCGGAAUAUCAGGCUACUUCAUUGACCGGAAGAACAACAUUGACAAGGAGAUCUCAAGAAACCGCCUGAAAAGCUACGAAGCCAUUUAUCGGCCGUGGGAUGAACGGUUCGAUGAUUUCUCCGAUGCCCAGAUGAGGACAGCUCUUAUGUUAUUGGAUGCUAAGCUUGAUGCGGCGCAAAGGAAACUCGAUGAUUGUAUGGUGAUCAUGAAGGAUGCAUCAUCAGGAAUAAUGGGUACUGAUCAGGCGAUGAUGCUUCAGAAGAAUAUGAAAGUAGAGGCGAUUAAUUACCCGCAGCCUAUAUCUUGUGUGAAGCCACUGGAUUACUCUUUGCCGCCGUCGGAUUUUAAUCCGAUAAAGAUGAAUGAUGAUCAAGAUUAUUGUGCUAACUUUGGUGGCAUGCAUAGCAGUGAUAUGGUCCAGUCUACUCCACUGAACGGCCCAGUCUAUUAUGAUCCAACGCUCAACAACCCUAUGGUGGUGCCUCCAAUGUACGACUAUGAUCCCACUAUGCAGAUGAUGAUGCCCAAUCUGCAGUACAAUUACCCCAUGAUGCAAACUGUUUCGAAUUAUCCAAUGUAUGGUAUUGAGUUUAAGAUGAACAACAUGAUACAAAGGUAG